AGUACCUCUUUCCAAGUCCUGGAGAGCGCGCGCCUAACAACAGCAUUAAAGUAUAGAAAGGGCGAAUGCGCGUGUACACCUCAAUGUUAGUUUAAGAAGGGAUCAAGAGUAGCCUACUUCAUGUCUAACCGUAUAUGCAUCAAGUGAUCUGGAGUUUCUCGACAGGAACUGCAAAUCUGAUCCGCGUCGCUGUAUUCCUUCUGUGCAAGCUGCGAUCAACGCACCUUUGACUCUGCUUUAAAACGGAGUUAAGCAUGCCUGCCGAGAACAGCGACCAGGAGAGCAUGCUGAGCUAUCAGAGGCCUGAUGAGGAGGCUGUGGUGGACCAUGGUGGCACCAGCUCAGUUCUAAAUAUCCAUUAUGAGAAAGAAGAGCUAGAGGGUCACAGGACUCUGUUUGUGGGUGUACGGAUGCCCAUGGGCAGGCCGUCUCAUCGUCAUCACCGGCCGCACAGCUCCAAACACAGAAGAAGAGCUGAGAGGAUGCGGGCUGGAAGUGUGGCUCAAGAAGACACGAACACAGAAAGUGCCGCAACAUCGCACGAUACUCCAUCCCAGAGGGUUCAGUUUAUUCUGGGCACUGAAGAGGAUGAGGAGCAUGCAGCACAUGACCUCUUCACAGAACUUGACGAAAUCUGUGUUAAAGACGGCAAAGAUGCAGAGUGGAAGGAAACUGCGAGGUGGUUAAAGUUUGAGGAGGAUGUGGAAGAUGGAGGGGAAAGGUGGAGUAAGCCGUAUGUAGCUACACUCUCUCUCCAUAGUCUGUUUGAGCUACGGAGCUGUAUCAUUAAUGGAACUGUCCUGUUGGACAUAAAGGCCAGCUGCAUUGAGGAAAUUGCAGAUUUGGUGCUUGACCAUCAGGAGGCAGCUCAUGAACUGGAUGACAGUGUGAGAAUGAAGGUUCGAGAGGCACUUCUGAAGAAGCAUCACCACCAGAGUGACAAGAAGAGGAACAACCUGCUGCCCAUGGUCAAGUCCUUUACUGACUCAGGCAGGAAACAGAGUGAUCCUCAUCACAUGGACAAGGCGGGUCCUGCCACUUCUCCCCAGCCUCCACCUACAAAUCUAGAUGUAAAGAUCGGAGCAGUGGAUAAUGGCCAGAUGGAUCUCAGCAAGGUGGACACACAUUUCAUGAAAAAGAUCCCCACUGGAGCAGAAGCUUCCAAUGUGCUGGUUGGGGAGCUGGACUUUUUAGAGAGAUCCAUUGUUGCAUUCAUUCGCCUGUCUCCUGCUGUACUGCUUACAGGACUCACUGAAGUUCCCAUUCCCACUAGAUUUGUGUUCAUUUUGCUUGGUCCUGAUGGAAAAGCCCAACAGUACCAUGAGAUCGGUCGCUCCAUGGCCACCAUCAUGACCGAUGAGAUUUUCCAUGAUGUUGCAUAUAAGGCCAAGAACAGAAGUGAUUUGUUGGCUGGUAUAGAUGAGUUUCUGGAUCAAGUGACAGUUUUGCCUCCAGGGGAAUGGGACCCAUCUAUACGCAUAGAACCUCCUAAAAGUGUCCCAUCACAGGAGAAAAGAAAGAUGCCAGGAGUGCCGAAUGGAACAGCUGUUCCUGUUGAGGAAGAGCAGCAUGGAGAACACCAUGGACCAGAACUGGAGAGAACUGGAAGGCUGUUCGGAGGACUGAUUCUGGAUGUGAAAAGAAAAGCUCCAUUUUAUUUGAGUGAUUUUAAAGACGGUCUGAGUUUGCAGUGUGUAGCUUCUUUUCUGUUUCUGUACUGUGCCUGUAUGUCUCCUGUUAUCACCUUUGGAGGACUUCUGGGAGAGGCUACAGAAGGACGCAUUAGUGCGAUUGAAUCUCUUUUAGGAGCGUCUAUGACUGGAGUAGCAUACUCUCUGUUCGCUGGACAGCCCCUAACUAUACUGGGCAGCACUGGACCUGUUCUUGUGUUUGAAAAAAUUCUCUUUAAGUUCUGCAAAGACUACGAUCUCUCGUACCUGUCCCUGCGCACUUGUAUCGGUCUGUGGACGGCUUUCCUGUGUCUGAUUCUUGUUGCAACGGAUGCUAGUUCCUUGGUCUGUUACAUCACACGUUUCACAGAGGAAGCGUUUGCUGCGCUUAUAUGUCUUAUCUUCAUUUACGAAGCACUAGAGAAACUUUUUCAUCUUAGAGAACUGUACCCCAUCAACAGACAUGCCGAUCUAGACAAACUAACACUGGUCUACUGUAGGUGUGCAGAGCCUGAUAACCCCAGUAAUAAAACACUAGAACUGUGGAAUCAAAGGAAUAUAACAGCCUCUGCAGUGCCAUGGAGCAACCUCACCGUAUCGGAGUGUUUAGAUCUCCAGGGGCAGUUUAUUGGAUCGGCGUGUGGACACCAUGGUCCCUACACUCCUGAUGUGCUCUUCUGGUCGGCCAUCUUGUUUUUUGGUACCUUUUUCUUGUCUACCUUCCUGAAACAAUUCAAGACUAGCAAAUACUUCCCAACACGGGUACGGUCAAUGAUCAGUGAUUUUGCUGUGUUCCUCACAAUUGUUUUCAUGGUCCUGAUUGAUUAUUUAAUUGGAGUUCCAUCCCAAAAGUUACAAGUGCCCAGCAACUUCAAGCCCACGCGUGAUGACCGUGGUUGGUUCAUUAACCCUAUUGGGCGAAACCCUUGGUGGACUGUACUGGCUGCCUUAAUACCAGCUCUUCUCUGCACCAUCCUCAUCUUCAUGGACCAGCAGAUCACCGCUGUCAUAAUUAACCGCAAGGAACACAAACUGCUAAAAGGUUGCGGGUACCAUUUGGAUCUUCUGAUGGUUGGAGUGAUGAUGGCUGUAUGUUCCAUAAUGGGGUUACCCUGGUUUGUUGCAGCAACCGUCCUAUCAAUUACCCAUGUUAACAGCUUGAAGUUAGAGUCUGAAAGCUCCGCCCCUGGAGAGCAACCUCGAUUUUUGGGUAUUAGAGAGCAGAGGUUGACUGGUCUGGUCAUUUUUCUACUCAUGGGCUUAUCUGUGUUCAUGACUGGAGCAUUACAGUUCAUCCCCAUGCCAGUUCUCUAUGGUGUUUUUCUUUAUAUGGGCGUCUCAUCUCUGAAAGGCAUUCAGUUCUUUGACCGUCUGAAAUUGUUUGGCAUGCCAGCGAAGCACCAACCAGACUUUAUUUAUCUACGUCAUGUUCCUCUUAGGAAGGUUCACCUGUUCACUCUGACCCAACUUACCUGCCUUGUGCUGCUCUGGGUCAUCAAAACUUCCCCUGCUGCAAUCGUCUUCCCUAUGAUGGUUCUGGCGUUAGUGUUCAUCCGUAAGCUGCUGGACUUCUGUUUUUCCAAACGGGAGCUUAGUUAUCUUGAUGAUCUGAUGCCUGAGAAUAAAAAGAAGAAGCUGGAUGAUGAUUCCAAAAAGACAGAGGAGCAAGAAUCACAGGAGAUGCUGGUUGAUGACUCUGAGAAAUUACAAGACACACUGCAGAUCCCAUUGGAGAACAAACCUCUACACUCACCUCGAACCCCAGACCCCAGGACUGAUCCCUCUGAUAUUAACAUAUCUGAUGAAAUGUCUAAAACUACUGUGUGGAAAUCCCUCAAUUCCGAUCACAAGGACACACAACGCUGUGGCAAGGCAAGGACUCUCGCUCUUUCCAUUCUUUAAUGGAGGUUCCGUGAAGUAACCCUGCAGAAAGAAGAAAUAACGUUCUUAGCAUCAGUUGUAUGAAGUCCGGCUGACUUACAGAAGCAGCCAUGUGCUAAAAACACACAGAUAUUAGUUCACUCUUCUCACACACGUGUUUCUGUACAGCUGUGUGAGAUAUAUUGGUGUGUCAGUGUAUGUGUGAAUAUGUGUAACAUAUUCUCCUACCAAAUCCAGGUUAUUUUUAAUGUUUCAUUGAGUUUUAGCAGACAUAGGCGUCUCUGUGCUGUGCUGUAGUGUACAUGUAUUUUUCUGGUAAUUGGUCUGGUCUUUUCUGGUCUCAUUUAUAGAAUAAUACAGUUGUUUAAAUGUUCUCAUUUUAACUAUAUACUUGCUGUAGAUAUUACUGUAAAUGUGUCGUUUGUUCAUGGUCAAAAAUCCAUGAUAAGUACGUGUGUUUAAGCCAAAUGGCCGGUCAAAAUAACGAACUUGGUUUGAUCUCUUUUUGUGCCAGUAUAAAUAGCCAUCGCUUAAAUUAGUCCAACCUGGCCAUGAACCAAAUCGGUCCUUAUCCAGUAGACGGACUUGUCUAUUUUUAUUGCGUGUGUUGUAUUGAAACUUGUUAAUAUUGAGCAAUAAAAGGCUUCUAUAGGGUUAGGUCACCAGGGACACUGAUGGAGAAGUAUGAACUCUGUUGUGAUUGUUUUUACCACCAUUAUAAAGUCACCCCUCCCCUACUUGUAAGAACAGACUGGUCAAAUCUCCAUUAAGAUGCACCAUCCAAAUUUAAGGCACAAGGUUUAAGGGUAAACUGGACUGUUCAGGUUCUCAUUUGAAGACCCUUUCCAGUCACGAGUCCCAGUAAUAAGCCAUCUCCACUAGACUACCUCCCCACACUUUUAAAACUCAGAGCCACAGUAGUUUCUGCACUGAAAGAGGUAAAAAUAUGGUUGUGUUUUUAACCUCAGUGAAAUAACACUUUAUUUACAGUUGCACUUUGUGUAGAUAUAUAUACGCAUAUGAUUUUAUAUUUUGAAGGGAAUUAUUAUAUAGAGUAUAACAGUGUGAAACAAUUAUUUUAAGUAAGGCAUUUUCUUUUUUAUAUAAAUGUAUUUUAAUAAAAUGAGUUGAGCAGAUACAGUAAGACACUGGCUGUUAAUAUGAAUGGGUUUCUUACAGGACCAGUUGUCUGUAAGUAGUAGUUUCACUUUAUUCAACUGCCUUCAGAUUAUAGGAGAAUGUCAAAAUUUAAUUCGGAAUGUCGACUCAGCUUUGGAAUGUUGAGGAAUGAGGAAUUUUCCCAGCAUGACAUUAAGCUAUAAAUGAUCUUGUCCCCUCCAUGGCUUUCUUGUUUACAGAAAUGUUUUCAUUGACUUGAUUGUACAUGUUAUCUUAAUGCUGGGAUGUGCUCAAAGAGAGUGUCUGUUUCACUCUAAUAAAUCUGAGAUUUUCUGAAUGAGA